UUUCCCUUUUUGCUGCAACACCCACUGGGCAGCUGAGGUGGAUGUGGAUCCCACCGUGACGGUGGUGAGGAUUUCACUGCCGUAUCCACCAAGAAUGAAGGAGGCCUUUUCUUUAAACGGUUAAACCCAAAACCCAAAACCCUCAACUCACAAUUCUCUAAUUCACUCUCUCUCUCUCUCGGUCAUCUUCGAAUCAGAAGGAACUCAAAGCAAUGGCGGGUCUUGUACCUCCUGGGACUACCACGCGAAGCGAGGCUGCGGAGACAAAGCCUAUGAACGAGAAACUGGACUACACAAACCUGCCUUGCCCCAUACCCUAUGAAGAAAUCAACCGUGAAGCUCUCAUGUCUUUACGGCCAGAAUGUUUUGAAGGGAUGCGCUUUGAUUUCACUAAAGGACUCAAUCAGAAGUUUUCCCUUAGCCACAGUGUACUCAUGGGACCUAUGACAGUUCCUUCUCAGUCUCCUGAAACCAUAAAAAUCCCUACUGCUCACUAUGAGUUUGGUGCAAAUUUUAUAGACCACCCAAAGUUGAUGCUUUUCGGGAGGGUAUUAACAGAUGGGAGACUUAAUGCUAGAGUGAAGUAUGACUUGACUGACAAUCUCACUUUGAAGGCUAAUGCUCAGCUUACAAAUGAGCCGAACAUGUCUCAUGGCAUGGCCAGUUUUGAUUACAAGGGCUCAGACUAUAGAUCCCAGAUUCAAGUGGGAAAUGGGGCCUUAUUGCAAGCAAGUUACAUCCAGUCGGUGACUCCACAUUUCUCUUUGGGUGGUGAAGUAUUCUGGGCUGGUCAGCAUCGAAAGUCAGGCAUCGGUUAUGCGGCGCGGUUCAAUACUGAGAAAAUGGUUGCCACAGGACAGGUUGCUAGCACUGGAAUGGUUGCUUUGAGCUACGUUCAGAAACUAUCCGAAAAGGUUUCACUAGCAUCAGACCUCAUGUACAACCACACGUCAAGAGAUGUCACAGCAAGUGUUGGCUAUGAUUACGUCCUCAGACAGAGUCGUCUUAGAGGGAAGAUUGAUUCCAAUGGCCGCACGGCUGCUUUUCUUGAAGAGAGAUUAAGUAUGGGUCUUAAGUUUAUUCUUUCUGCAGAGAUGGAUCACAAGAAGAAAGACUACAAAUUCGGGUUUGGGUUGGCGGCAGGAGAAUAGAUGCAAAAGCUGAAGGGCUGUUACUAUGAAAUUUUAUAAAAGCUCAUAAUUACUACAAGAAGAAAGACUACAAAUUCGGGGUAGGAUUUGUAUUUUACUCAUCUGGAAGUUGAAGAUGUUUUGGCUCAAGUUGGCAGAACUAAUUCAAGAUAUGUGUAAUUAUACAAGCCAUGUUAUGGUCAUAACUAGAACUUGGUGAAUUGUUGUAUGUAUGUAUGGUACUGCUGUCUCUGACUUUUAUGAAAUAGAUUGAGAAUUUUGUUCCUCUCAAAAUA